UCUCUUCCUCUCCCAAACUAGAAACGUUUGACGUUUUCCAAACGCACCAUCAUUUUCCACAGUUCCCCCGUUCGUAGUAGAAGAAGCCCCGCGAGUGGUAACAGUCCACAAAACUCAUGCGAUAGAAAAACAGAGCAAAAGAAAGAUAGAAAGAGAGGGCUAGAAAGCGAGAGAGAUUAUCCCUGCUGGUGGUGACGUUUUUUCCACACCUUGUAGGCAGGAGCGAAAGGGAGCGAAGCGUUUUUUGCAAGGAUUUUCCCGUGCGCCGCCGAAGUUGAGAGUGAGAGUGUUUUGGUGCUGCCCUCCGGUAAACCACCAUGUGCCAGGCGCGCCGUUUGCGUAUCGAUUAUGGCAUCGCGGCAAAGGGGAAUGCUGCGCACAUGCGCAGCAUGUCGGUUUGAGCGUUUCUAAUCCUUCGUCCAGGGCAGGAAUGGUGUGCAAGGGAUUUGUUUUUGAGAGACCUGGACGAGUGUCAGGUGACGGAUGACUGGUUUUAUGGGACGUUUGCUUGUUUUGAAUGGGGUAAAGAUGUUGAAGUUUGUCACGGACGAUGACGUAAAUUGGGGUUUGAAUUUGGGCGCAGAUAGUCGUUGCUAUAAAUAUGGUAUCAUUUUGAAUUUGAAUUUAUGAUACUCAGUUAAGUGACAAAUAGCAUUCGAUACUUUAUUUAUCAAAUAUCAAGGAAGAUGGAGACUUGCGAUUUGUACUUCUGGAACCUCCUUACAGAAAAAAACUCAGGUCCGCAUGGUCUUAGUCUAUUGAUAUCUUUUACAAUAAUGAACAUCGCAAUUUGUAAAGGUAAUGUCCGAUUAACAAGCUACUUGAUGUUAUAAUAGUUACAUUUUAACGUUAGAAGUAUUACAAGUGUGAGCAAAGAAUUUCUUUUUCUAAAAGAAGAAGACUUUUAAAUUCUGAUCCCAUAGCGGUACAAGGCCGGAUCCUGAAUCCGUAUUUGCUGUGGUGCUGAUCUUCCAUUCGUAUUGGUCUUGGAUCCAAACCAUUAUAUUCUGAUUCUGAGUCCAUAUCAGUCUAAGAACCGGUACCCAAGCCAUAUCGAUGUUAGGACUUAUCCUCUAGACCCUAUUGGAACUAUUUCUGGGCGAAUAUCGAUUCUGUGGCUGAUACUGAUCCCUGCUGACUGUGAAACUGAUCUUGAACCUAUGCCGUUCUUGAUACAAAUUUCAUUAGGCUCCAGGAAGGUAUUUCAAACACAUACCCUUUUACGAUAUAGAUUCUAGAAACUCUAGAGUAGAUGAUAGAAACCGAUCUAGAAGCUGAUUCUAAUCAUCUACUACUCCUAAAACCUACUACCAGUCCUAUAACCUACAACCAGUCCUGAUCCUAGAUGCCGAACACAUACCAUUUCUGGAUGUGAUCUCGAACCAAUACCUACUCUGUGUAUCAGUUUUUAUGCAAAUCUGUUCUACAACUAAUCCCAAGUCCAUAGCUGUUGUGGAAUUGUUUCUAAACUAAACCCGUUCUCAGAAUUAUUCAAGGAACUGCAAAGCCCGAUUGAUUCUCUUAGUAUUCUCUUGAUAAAUCCAAUCUAAAAACAUGACUUGGAAAGGCCUCAGUCAUGGGAUGAAACGCAUACUAGUGCUGUUCCUGAACUGAUAUAUGUGCAAAAAUGAACUCGAAAAUGAACAUAUUAAAACAUCAUUAAUUCAUUUUACAAAUAUCUCGUUUAUAAGACUAAAAUCUUCCAGUUAGAAAUGAUUCUAAACCGAAUGAUCAACAUUCAUCUUUCCAAUUUUCAUUAUUCACAAGCGUUUAUAACAGUUCACAUAGUGCCAAUAGUGCCUAGAGCUGCUAAAGUCCUUCUAGCAAUGUUGAAGUGGAAAUUUUGACAAUUAUUGUAGGUCUUUCUUACGGUCCUACUUUUCGAUGACUUAAGUUCCUGCUGUUAAACUCCAGGGAUUUAGAAUGAUUUGCAAAGUUUUAUAUAAAAUCCUGAAACGUCAUGCAUGAAGCGUCCCAACGAUCGUGUCUCAUUUGCUCUAUAUGUGACAGUCAUCUGUGCAUGAUGUGGCAGCUAGCGCGUGUUAAACAGUCAUUGAACGGAACAUUGGAGGUCUCGUUACUCUGAUUAAUUUGUGCGUUUUGGGAAAACCGUUCACAAGUCUUGUUGGAAAUAGGCUACAAAUUCUGUAGUGCAAAUCAGUUGCUUUGUUUCUCUUACAUCAUCAAGCCAACCAAGGGUUUUGAUGAAAGAUUUACAUCUCUAAGCCGCUUGUAAUGUUUCUUAGUAUGAGAAGUUGAAAAUUCUCUCCAACAAAGCGUAAAAGAGGUCCGUUUUUUAUAAAGAACGCCUUUCAGUUUACAUAUCCAGCUUGGUAGCAUUCAAGGAUCAUCAAUCAAUGAGGGGUUCGUUAAGAAACCUUUCUUUCCUCACUUAAACGGACAAGGCAUAACGGCAAGGCUCGCCAACCAGUUGAUUCCGCACGAAAUAGUGAACCACAUCUACACAGCCCCAGCUUGAUGAAUAUAUUCAUGAAUUAGCGUUUAUCGCACGUCCUACGCGUUCCUCACGACUAUCGCGGAACGAUCCACCAAGAAGUCGUUACAUUAAGUGCAUCCACUGGAUACUGAACAGUGUGAACGGGCGGUAGGAAAGGGAACGGAGUUUAUCUCCUGCUCCUGUCAAAUCAAAGUCGUCGAUCGAUCUCACACCCUAAAGCCAACCUGUCGCUGACGCUGAGCAGGAAAGAAAUCAGUAAAAUCAACUCGCAAUCUCUCAGUGCGCUUUUCCUUUCCUAAGAUACCGUCCUUGGACGGUAUUUCCAAUCGUCAGUCUCGAAUAGCUUCCCUCUAUUCAAACACCCGUACCAAAGCACCCGAAGCAGGAAGCAGAAAUCAAACCGAUCUGGGGAUGGGCAAAGAACAAAACCCACAGACCCAAACACCGCUGACUGACGGACGGGCCUUGUGCCACAGGGCUACGGUUUUAUUUUCCCAACACGCUUCUCCACUUUUCCGCUUUCCGUGCUCUGUGUGUUCACAAACAAACCCCACACACCAACCAGAAGAUUCAGUCAGCAACAAGUGGAAAUGUGUGACUAGGCAGCAGUAGCAGCAUUGUAACAUGGUUUUCCCUUAUCAUCACUAUCAUUAUCCACUGCCCGGGCUCCACACAUGCUCUCAACUCUCUCCCCUGUGGAUCCUUUUAUUUUGCAAAGGCAAGCGAUUGAAGCGUGUCUUGUGUUUGUCUGCCUUUUCCUUUGGCAAAGUGCACGCUUGUGGUCGUUUAAGUGCGCUUCAGGGUUCCGUUCUUCAAAGCGGCCGCUGCUCCAGUGUCUUCCCUUUUCACAGCACGGAAGCAUGGAACGAUAGCUGCGAAAUUAACCAAAAACCAACGACCCUUACACCCAUUCAAACUGUGGGAGAAAAGAAAAAAAGGGUCAGCAAAACGCUUCUUUAGUAUAAGUUAAAAGUCACCGAAGAGCAGCACAAUAGUGAGAAGAAAUUAAUUCUACACUCCGUUCGCGGUGACGCAGAUGCUGCCGGACCGAAACUCCUCGAGAACCUCGGCGUGACGGUUAUGUUGCCUCGCUGGGAGGACUGGACGAAAGGGAAGCAAAUGUUCCCGUUCCCUUUUGGCUAUCCUGCUCCAUGCGUGUGUGCGAGAGUGAACGUACGAGUUCUAAGAAUAAAUGGCGCCAGGCAAUGGGGAACAAAUAGUGAUUUUAUACAGAAUGGCUGACGGUAAGUACUCGAGCCGGUAGAUAAACACUCGAGGGCUCGGGAGAUGAGAUUCGGUUUCUUUUUUACUCCUAGUCCGCUGGUUUCACUGUUGCGGUCUUGUUGCUGGGUGGAUGAUUUACAAUGUUGGUGCCAGUUAUUCAACACCAGGGAGGGAAGGAAGAAGGCAAGAGGCCUGUGUAAUGUCUAUCUAGUAGCGAUAGGUUGAAAGGGGUUUUAGUUAUAGAAUUAGAUACAUUUUACCAUUCAAUGUCUGAGUUCUUUCUUCAGUUUCAGUCAGUUUUAAAACCUCAUAAACGCAACUUCCCUCAACAAAUUGAUCAAUAUCCACAAGGCACAAUUAAACGUCUUGGAUCGUUCAUUUUAUUGUUUUCCACCUUAAUGACAGCAAUUUCAAUACAUCCGAACAGUUUACUGCAAGUCGCUCAGCACUCACAAAACGUUCACACCAGAAAUGUUGAUAAGUUUGUCCCAACGGUAGUGAACGAUUCCAUCAUUCGUCAUUAUUUUGCCUUCGAUGCCUCAAUGCCUCCAUAUCCUCGGCUCAUCAUAAUCAACCGCUCGAAGCUGCUCACCGCCCACCCAUUGCUCGACUCAUCCACCCAUCCUUUCCAGCAACAAACACAAGAACGAAAACCAGCAUAAAAUCACCUCGACGAUAAAGUUUAGAUUAUUCCUGACAUUAUCGUGAUUCAGCCAAUCGUGGUGGUGGUGGUGGUGGUACGCCGUUGGGAGUAGUGCAAAAUUUUCUUAAGGACCGUCCGAUGGGAAAGAACAUCGAACCGGCACAUCCAUCGUGCACAGGAUGAGGAUGAGUAGAAAAAACACACACUGUAAACGGUUGGGAUAUCACUUGGGAAGGGAAGCGGACGAUUUUAUGCUGGUUUCGUUCCGAACGUGCUCCGAAGGAGGGAACUGGAAGGGUGUGCUGACUGAGAAUGAAUCGAAAUCGGCCGACCACAGCAAUGGCAACGAGCGCAACGGAUCCGACCGGACGUCCAUCAUCUUCACGCUGAAGAACCAAAUCGGUGGUUUGGCCAGUGCGCUGCGCGUGUUCCAGGAGCUCGGCAUCAACGUCCUACACGUGGAGCUGAACAAAAGCGGCGAAAUGUGCGACAGUGCGGACGUCCUGGUCGACAUCGAGUGUGAUGCCAACCGGCUCGAGCAGGUGCUGCGACUGCUAAAGCGCGAAGUGCAGUCGGUUAACUACGCCGCCCAGAUUAGCAGCGAUGGACCACCGCCGACGCCACUGUCCGCUUGUGGUAGUUUCGAUUUCGGCGAGAUGCAUUGGUUCCCGCGGAAGAUAUCCGACCUGGACCGGGCGCAGAACGUGCUGAUGUAUGGCAGCGAGCUGGAUGCGGACCAUCCUGGGUUUAAGGAUCCGGUGUACCGCAAGCGCCGAGAGCAGUUUGCGGCCAUUGCCAACUCCUACAAGCAUGGCAGUCCCAUCCCGAGAGUUCAGUACACACCGGAGGAAAUCAAAACCUGGGGUACGGUGUUCCGUGAGCUGCACAAGCUCUACAUCAAGCACGCCGUGCCGGAGUAUCUGGAGAACUGGCCCGAGCUGGUGAAGUACUGCGGCUACCGGGAGGACAAUCUGCCCCAGCUGCAGGACAUCAACGUGUUUCUGAAGCGCAAAACUGGCUUCCAGAUCCGCCCCGUGGCCGGUUACCUCUCACCGCGCGACUUCCUGUCCGGGUUGGCGUUCCGGGUGUUCCACUGCACCCAGUACAUCCGCCACUCGUCCGAUCCGUUCUACACGCCCGAACCCGACUGCUGUCACGAGCUGCUCGGGCAUAUGCCGCUCCUAGCCAACUCGAGCUUUGCGCAGUUCUCGCAGGAGAUUGGGCUCGCUUCGCUCGGUGCGUCCGAGGAGGAUAUUAACAAGCUGGCGACGCUGUACUUCUUCACGGUCGAGUUUGGGCUGUGCCGUCAGCAAGAUGGCAGCUUUAAGGUGUUUGGGGCCGGGUUGCUUUCGUCGGUGGCGGAGCUGCAGCACGCAAUCACCACGACGGAUAAGAUCAAGCGGUUCGAUCCGGAGGUGACGUGCCAGGAGGAGUGCAUCAUCACAGCGUACCAGAACGCGUACUACUACACGGACUCGUUCGAGGAGGCAAAGGAGAAGAUGAGGGCUUAUGCGGACACCAUUCAGCGCCCGUUCGGCGUGCGGUACAAUCCGUACACGCAAACGGUGGAGGUGCUGAGCAAUGCGAAGAAGAUCACGGCCGUCGUGAGUGAGCUGCGCGGUGAUCUGAGCAUUGUUUCGUCCGCCCUGAAGAAGGUGUCCGCGAUGGAUGAAAACCUGGACGUGGAAAAGAUUGAGAAGCUGCUGUCGAGCAGUUUGCAUGUGUGCGAUAAAACACUUAAUCCGGAAGAACCCGACGGACCCGAGCAGACUUCAAGUACACCCAAUAAAGAGUAAAAACGCUUAAAGGGAACUCGAGAAGAAACAAUAGUUCGUCCUGCAGGCUGCAACACGUUUACACAAAAUGUACAAUAAUAGACAGUGGUGAAAUGUGGCAAGGAGGAGGUUGGUGGGCGACUCAGAGCGUUGCCGUAAUUCGAUUGCCGUCUCUUGCAAAAUGACUCAAAUUUCCUUAACUAUACAAUCAACGAAUGCGCAGUGGUUGUUGGGCAACAUUCUGUGAAAGUAAAGAUAAUCUAUAUGUCAUUAGAUGUGAACUGUAAAAUAACUCUUACCCGUUUCUGUACAAUCCUAUGAAUAAAAUGCGUAAAGCAACAAGUUGAGAAA